GCUACAAUCUGUGUUUUUAGUGAGAUGCACUGCAAACUGACAUAAUUGAAUGGAAUCAACUAAAUUCAGAACUCAGCUGGUAACUCUUAACUGAAUUCAGCAAGUCUAUUUAUUAUAAUGCAGCUAGUCUAUGCCGAAUCUAGCAGCUUUAUUCAGAAUUUAGCAACUGAAUUCAGAAUUCAGGAUUGUAACCGUUAUCCGGAAGUGAGGAACACUGAUUUGUGUCAUGAGUCACAUACAUAGUCCCUUCUCAAGCCGAGGAUCAGAUCAUCCCUAACUUGCUAGUUCAGCUAUUUUCUUGCCGAUCUAGACAUUUCUCAUGUGCUUCCUCCAAGACUUCACAUCAGCGCUUACUCACUCUCUCUUUCACGCUCUUCUACUCUCUCUGACUUUCUCCCUGACUCAUCACCCUCUCUCUCUCUCUCUUUGAUCUGAACAUUUCUCAUAUGCUGCCUUCAAGACUUCAUAUCAGCUCACACUCUCUUUAUUAACUCUCACUUACUGACUCACUCUCUCUAACCUACGCAAUCAUACUCUCUCUCCUCACACCAGCUUUCUCCAAUCUUCUGUCUUUGCCUCUCACAUGAAUUGGAAAUUCAAACUUGUCAUAUCCCAAUUUCACUAACUGAUACCACUCAAAGUUAAAAUCCUCUUCACUUUCUUCUACUUUCUGAAUUUCCACACCUACUGCUCAUUAUGCAAAUCUCAAUCAAUCUCUUCCGCUUUCUCUUUCACUGAUCUACUUCUUCCCGUUCCUGCUCAAUCUCUCUUUCCUUUCAGCUCCAUGUUUCAUACCUCAAAUUUCAUUUCUGGGAUUAAGAUAAUUUUUCUUAAAUUUUAAAAUAUUUCUGAAUACUUUUCAUGUCAAUUAUUGACAUCCUUCAAUGAUUUACUCAUGUGAAGAUAUAGGUUUUACAUAAGUCUCUAGAAUAUUGCUAAAGAUGAUGAGACAUCGAGAUUCUUAUGAUGAAAUUCUCAUUGCCAAUUUUCUAACAUGAAAUAAGCCGCACUUCAUCUGAAUGCUCACGGGAAUUUUAUCUCCUAGUGAUUGAUCUGCGGAACCAUACUUCAGAGAUAAGAAAAUCAAAUAAGUACUUCUCCUUUAUUCUACUGUUUUGAAAAGAGAUUUGAACGCAUCAAAUGAAGGUCUUCAGUGUUUGUACUACAGGUUCCCUGAAGAUAUUAACCAUUAUCUUCUUGCUCAUCUUGGGAGCAGCAUGCAUAUUGUCUCAACAAGUGAUCAAAUCCAACCCGUCAAUCUUGUUGACCCAGAUGAAGAAUUGUGAAGUGCCGAAGCUGAAAGGAAAUUUGUAUUGGAGGACAUCAUGCUCACAUGGAAAUCAUGAGUGCGAUUUGGAGCCUCUAGAACCGGGAUCACACGUUCCAGGAAGCGGAACAGUAGUCAAGCUGCAGUGUUUGGAAAAAUUCAUCAGGAAGAAUGAGGAGAUCGAUUUCACAGUAUGCUUUGAUGGAGUCUGGUCUCCAAAAAUAGAGGCAUGUCAGAGCACUUGUAAUCCUAUCAAUCCCGUUACCAUAGAUGUCAACUGCACCUUAGAUGGGAAAGAAGUUGAUUGUGAUAAGAGAGCGAAGGUAGGAACAAAAGUCAUAUGGGGUUGCAAGGAUGGAUUUGGAAUUGACAACACAAAUCGCACUAAUUAUUGUCUGAAAAGUGGCCGAUGGGAAUUCCCCCCACUCCAAUGUACUCGAGAGUUGAUGAAUUUGUCGGUGUCGAUCGGACAAUCGUCUAAGGCUCCUCUUGUUGGCAAAGAAUUCACCCUAUAUUGCAAAGGAAAGGGAUAUCCAAUCCCAAAUCUCACAUGGUUCAAGGAUGGAAGACGUCUGAAAGGUGCUGAAGGAAACUUUUCAGGCCUAGUUCGAAAUCUGUAUGAGGAUAAUGGCCCAGUCUUAUUAAUAUAUUUCGAGAAAAUUAUUUUCUCCGACAGUGGGACAUACAGGUGCCUAGCUGACAAUAGAAACAGUACCUAUUCAACAUCUGUUACAAUUACAGUUUUGGGUCCUGUUUCAAUUACGAAUACUCUAGCACUCUCAAAGACUAUACCAAAUGCAAGUACCGUGGAUAUUCCUUGCACUGUUGCCGUCGCUCAAUUACCAAUAACAGUCGAAUGGUAUUAUUUUGAUAAGGAAUUGUUUGAUGAUAACGAGAAAAUAUCAAUAUCAAGUGCAAGCACUCUCACUUUGAGCUUUAUCACUACUCGGGACAGUGGAACUUAUGUUUGUGUGGCUCGAAAUGAUGUCAGUCUGGAUCGAUUACACAUGGACUUUCGGAUAGAACAUGUGGAAGCGGAAGGACAAAUCAAUUACCGUAUAACACUGAAUCCUUUGCAUCAUCUUCUCACCUUAAUUUAAACAUGACGUUUUGGGGGUUAUCAAGAUAUGGACAAUUGGACAUUGGCCCACAUUGUAACAUAAAAUUCAUGUAAUGGGGUAAAAAUAUGCCCCACGUCGUAGAGCCAAAUUAUGAAACAUGGUGUUUUGCUUGGGUGCAUAGUUGUAAAAAUAUAUGCUCUACAUUACAGCGUUGGUGGUGUAACAUGCGCUUAUCUUAAAAACGUGUGCCAACACAACUCUUACAGGCUCAAUGUGAAGCUCAAAAUCUAUAUAAAUAAAAAUUGAGCCUCAAAUUUUGGCAUUCA